AUGUCUAUUUUGGCUUCGAAAACUAUUGCCAUCAACAUUGUUGAUGUGCAAGACGGCCAUGGUUUUGCCGUCGAAUCUCAGCUUGGAGACUUCAACCGUUUAGCCCUUCUGGAGGCUCAAGUCAAAGAGCUUACACAGUGGAAGCGAUCAAUCAGCCCAGCAAUCACUUCUGUCUCAUCCAGUGUUUCAGAUUCUGGAUCAGAUUCUGAUACCCCCUCUUCAGAACUAUCACUUGAUACAAAGGAACUUCUUCCUCCUCCCGUUUCUACUGGCGACGUCGUCAAGCCUUCAAAGGCUGCGGCAAGAAAUAACCUCCCAGCAAAGAAGCCAGAUAUGGAUAUGACAUCUCGUAUUUUGACCAUCAUCCAAGGAUACGGUCAUAAUGAAGAGAAUGCUGAAGGCGAGCAAUGGCUGGGUCGUGCAAAGUUUGUUCCACGCGUUCAAAAGCACGUUGACAGCAAUGUACCAAUCGAGCUUGUCCUGCCUGCAUUCCCCUGGAAGAGUGUGAACAAGGUGGAAAAGGUUCUUGGAGCUUUGCCCGAUUUGGGUGAGGAGCUAGCCCUGGGUCGUCUCCAGAAUCUCUGCGAGGAUAUCCAAGAAAUUUACGCCCCUGGAGCUUACGUGACCAUUACUUCAGACGGUCUUGUCUACAGCGACUUGGUGGGUAUUUCGAGCGAGGAAGUUUUUGAAUACGGCUUGAACCUGCGACGUAUGGCUGAGGCGAAGGGCUAUGACCGUCUCAAGUUUAUGCGAAUCAUGAACCUCGUUGGCGUCAGCGACAGCAUUACACUGACCAAGGAGGAGUAUGUCAGCCGCGUCGAUGAAUCCCGCAGGAUGCUCGUGGAAAAAUACAUGCCCAAGGGAUUCGAUGCUCGUGAGGCCAUCGCCAACGACCCAGAUAUCAACCUCACAUAUUGCGGCUACAUCAUCUUCCUCAACAAGGAUUUACGCUACAGCCCUGUAACGGCCAAUGUUACCACCAAGGGAGAGUAUAAGCGAACGGUUAAGCGAGUUGCCAGCGACAUGAUUACCCGUGGCAAGGCCUUUGCCGCUGCUAUUGACGACAACUUUCCCGACCACGUUCGUCUGUCUAUCCACCGAUCCACCGGUACCAACAAGCUGUCUUUCCCUCUGAUCCCUCAGCCGAGCCAUUUCUCCAUGACCCCGUGGCAUUGCUGUCUUGCGGUCACUUCCAAGGGCCAGUUCCGCACCGCUCACGCCAUUGAGUUGCGCGAAUCAUUUGAUGUCAUUGAGCAAAACGGACGGCCUUACUAUUACCGCGACCGGUCAGAUGUGUGGAAGUGGGAUGUGCCUGUUGAGUUUGAGGUUUUCUACCCUAGAGGCCUGUAUAUCCGAGCGAAGGCAGCAGAGGGUGAAGCUGCGCCAAAGAUUGGUCCUAAUGAACUUGCCAAGAUUAAGAAGCUGAGCAAAGGAUUUUCGCCUGUUAUUCCCAUGGGUUUUGCUUAG